AUGGCCAAGAAGAAAUCAUCACUUGUUAUAACUGACUCAUCUGCAAAUCAAGAUUAUAUUGACGGAAAAUUUGAUAAAGAACCUUCAGACUUUUGUAAUAUUUGUCUUCUCAUAUUUCUCUACAUUUUGCAAGGCAUUCCUCUUGGACUGUCGUCUGCAGUCCCUUACUUAUUACAAUCAGAUCCAAAAUCGGCUAAUUACCAAUCACAAGCAGCUUUCUCGUUUGCAUUUUGGCCAUUUUCACUUAAAUUAGCUUGGGCUCCAAUAGUAGACUCGUUGUACAGUUCACGUAUAGGAAGACGAAAGACUUGGCUUAUUCCCGUUCAAUAUGCUCUUGGAAUUAACCUACUUAUUAUCGCUCUCUAUGUUAACCAGUGGUUGGGGCGUACACCUGAUAACCCAUGGGGCCCAUUAGGUGUAGUGCAUCCAGUGGAUAUCUCACGCUUGACUGUAGCUUUCUUUGGACUUACUUUUCUUGCAGCUACACAAGAUAUUGUAGUAGAUGGAUGGGCACUUACAAUGUUGUCUAGGAAAAACUUAGGAUGGGCUUCCACAUGUAAUACAGUUGGUCAAACAUUGGGUCAUUUAAUUGCGUUUGUCGUCCUCAUGUGUUUAGAAUCACCAGAUAUUUCUAAUAAGUAUAUACGAUUGACUCCUGUUGAAGGUGAAGGGCUGAUUACUUUUUCAGGUUUUCUUUAUUUUUGGGGUAUUGUAUUCCUGGUGGCAACCACACUUGUUGGAGUUUUUAAGAAGGAAGUACCUCAUAAUCUGUCCGUUAUAUCAUCUGCUCAUUCUAAUCAACUUGAUAAUCAUUCAAAUGGUUCGGUAACCUAUUUAAAUCAAACAGGAAACAUCGAAAGACAGUUAUCGUCUAGAAAUCGUAUCGCACAAACAAAUACAAUUGAUAAACAAAUUAGUUGUGAAUCCACUCGAAGUCGUUCACGUACUCCCAGUGGUUGGAGUCGUAUUAUCGAAAUUUCUCCCGAUGAAGAACUGAAUGUAACUGAGUCAAACAAAGAAUUGUCAUUAUUUGAUACCUAUCGUUUUAUGUUAGGUAUUUGUAAAUUGAAGCCUAUUUUACAAUACAUAUUGUUAUUAUUCAUUGCCAAGGUUUGCUUCUGUCCUGCAGAUGCAAUAUCUGGACUAAAGCUAAUCGAACAAGGUCUACCAAGAGAGAAACUUGUUUUCAUUGGGGUCCUACUUUUACCGCUUGAAGUGAUUCUACCACUGCUUAUUACUCAAGUGACAAAUGGACCGAAAUUAUUAAAAUAUUAUACAUGGGCUUUUUUACCUCGUUUACUUCUAGCAACAUUAUCUGUUCCAUUGAUUUAUUUUGCACCGUACUUUAAAAUUUCAAAUCAAAUCCAUUCAAUCAUUCGUAAUAAUCAUACAUUAGAAGAGUCAGCUCCCAUCCUUGAAUCAACUACAACUCAUACAUCAUUCUCAUGGCUUUUCUAUGGUAUCAUGAUUUGUCAUUUGGCUAUUUAUUCAGUAUUCUCUACUGUGAUGUUUAUUACUCAAGUAUCAUUUCAUGCAAAAAUAAGUGAUCCAGCUAUAGGUGGAACUUAUAUGACGUUGUUAAAUACUGCGGCUAACUUAGCUACAAGUUUGCCGAAUACUCUCUUUUUAUCACUCGUCGAACCACUUACUCUACGAAAAUGCUCUGGAGCUGAUUUACUAAAAGCUGGGUUAUUAUCUUUACGAACUAAUUCUAUUCAAUCUGUUAAAACAAUGAAUAUAACUCAUCCUAUACAAUAUUCAAAAGAUGAGAUUUAUAGAAAUGGACAGUUAUGGUUGGCUAAUAAUGCUACCUGUGAGAAUUCUAAAACUAUUCAGGCUUGUCUUGAUAUCAGUGGAACAUGUUCAAAAUUACUGGACGGUUUCUACGUUGAAGUUGGAUUAUGUUUGCUUUUCGGACUGGUUACAUUCCCAACAAUAGUACUUCCUUAUGCUAAUCAUCUUGACACUCAACCUAAUGAAGCGUUUACUUUUCGUCCUUCAUCGUCACUAGACAGACAUCAAAGUAGAAGUGAUAAUAAUGAGACAAAAAAAACUAGAAAGGAUUGA